AUGUUCAGCCGGAGUUGCGGGGUAAGCGCAAUGAGGCCCCGCGACCUCGGCCCAGAGCAGGAGAAGGAACGGGGGAAUGAGACUUCUCAACAGACCCAAGCUCACCAAGCCAUUGAUGCCGAGCGUCACGCGGCUCAAAGAGCUGCUGAGACGUCUCAACAGUCCCAAGCUCUCCAAAUCAUUGAUGCAGAGCGUCACACGGAUCAAAGAGCUGCUGAGACUUCUCAUCAGACCCAAGCUCACCAAAUCUUAGAUGCUGAGCGUCAAGCUUCGUACAUAGCCGCAGAGACCUCCGAAGAAACACGUAGAUGA